UGGAUUCUUCACAUUGGAUCAAAGCGCAGCUCUGAGAAAACGGGAAAAGCAUGAAAAAGGGUAAAAUGGCAGCUGUGGCUGGAUAAGAGAGUAUGGUCGAAAGAAAACGACAUUAUACUCCACAGCUCAUCCCACGCUUCGCAUACUGCUUGCAACGGGCAAUGUGCGGUGGAGUGGAUUGGAUUCCGAGGCCUUCGACUUCGUCUCUCUCAUUGCGUCACCCUGUCUCCCCCGGUUUCGGAAGAAACUGAAAGUCAGCGACGGAGUGAUGAACUAGCUGAGCUUACACUUUACUUGGGGCGCUACAUCGCUACUAUAAAAGUACGGGUGGGCUGAUUUCAUCUUUAUUCAGUUACAUUUUUCCGUAGCUCUCAGAGCCCAGGAGAUCGUCAGGUCGGUCUCCUUUUGAGCUUCCAUUACUCUCCCUACUCAUCACUGCACUCACGUGCACCUUAGAUUGGCAAUUCUAUUCAGCUGGCUUUGGUUUGCGGAUUGGAAAGAAAUAGUUCAAGUUUCAGGGUGACUAAAAUGAAGAUACUAGGUGCACUAGUUGUGUUGAUGUUGAUGCACAGCUUUUACGAUCUCGUGGAUGCGCAAGGAAGCUGGCAAAUUCUCAACAGAAAUGCUGGGAUUGCGUGCAUGCACGCCGCGGCGACACAUUACAAUACUCUCAUCAUGCUGGAUCGGACCAACACGGGGCCGUCUCAGAUCAGGCUAGCAGGGGGGAAGUGCCGAAAUCAACCGCUGGAGAGAAUUCUGAAAAACGAUUGCUGGGCACACUCUGUUAUGAUGAAUCCGGUGAGUGGCGCAGUUCGGCCUCUGACUGUGCAGACGGACACUUGGUGCUCGUCGGGGCAGUUCUUCGACAACGGAAUGAUGGUGCAGACCGGAGGAGACUUCGAGGGGCUCCGAAAGAUCAGAACUCUGAAGCCGUGUCCACCUGAGGGUAACUGUGACUGGAUGGAGCUGGCCGAGCCGCUUGCGAAGGGCCGAUGGUAUGCCUCCAAUCAGUUAUUGCAAACUGGAACUCGCCAGAUCAUUGUUGGAGGCCGCAACGAACCCACUUAUGAAUUCUACCCCAAGAGGAGAGCUGGUGAGGGUGCAUACUAUCUGUCCGUGUUGGACGGGUGCUGCGAUAAUCUGUACCCGUUCGUGUUCCUGCUGCCGAACAAGUUGCUGUUCAUCUUUGCAAACAAAGACUCAGUUUCUCUAAACUGGGAGACCGGUAAGGUUGUUAGGAAGUUCCCUACCAUACCCGGAAAUCCUCGUAACUACCCAUCAGCUGGAUCCGCCGUGAUGCUCCCAGUUUCCUACACGACUGGGUUCACUCGUGGUGAGAUCAUGGUCUGUGGAGGAGCAGCAAACGGUGCUUCCCGAACCAACAACGUCGGGGCGGCGUGCUCUAACAACUGCGGGAGGAUCGUGGCCACCGCCGCUGCUGGAGGCUGGGCCAUGGAGAAUAUGCCCAUCCGCCGCUGUAUGGGUGACAUGAUUAAUAUGCCCAACGGCGAGGUGCUGAUCAUCAACGGCGCCAUGAACGGGUUUCAGGGAUGGGGCAAGGCCAGCAACGCCGUCUUGAACCCCGUGAAUUACAAUCCCAAUGCUGCAGCUGGGAGACGCUUUGCCAUGUGGGCUAAAACUGGCAUUCCCCGCGUGUACCAUUCUACUGCGAGCUUGCUUGCAGACGGUAGAGUCAUCGUCGCUGGAAGCAACACUCACCAAUUCUACACGUACACUGGCGCAUUCCCCACCGAGUUGCGAGUGGAAGCGUUCUCGCCACCCUAUUUGGGAGCCAACUACAACGCGUACAGACCGGCGAUUACUGGAGCUCCUAUUGCACUCAAAUACAAUCAGGUCUUCACGAUGGCAUUCACCGUUGGCGUGCGACGCGGCGCGGUGACAGUUUACCAGAACAGCGCGCCGUUCACGACGCACUCUUUCUCGCAAGGCCAAAGAUCACUGCAUCUCAAGACCAGCGUUCCUGUCAGAGCCGGCGCCGGCUGGUCGAUGCAAGUCACGGCCGCUCCAAACAAUAGUCUUGCUCCUCCAGCGUGGUACAUCUUUUUCUGUGUUCAGAACGGCAUCCCCUCUAAGGGCAAGUGGAUUAAGCAGAACAAUUAGAAUUCUCCUAGGUUCACUCAUUCCCUCUCUUUUCAAUCACCACCCCACCAUCUAGCGAACGUUAAUAUCAUCCACAUGACCUCGGAUCCUUCAUUACUUUUGCCCCAUGAUUGAUCCACCAGCACUUGAGUGUAUGUGCUCCUGUGUAUCCACUCAUGUGAAAAAUUGCACAAUUUCAGUCGCGAACCGCAUUGAAACCGUGAUCAACCCGCAACUCGGCCGCCGAGGCAAAAAUUGGUCCAUAGCCAGUCUGCCUACAUGUACAUUACUGCCGCAAUAAUAAAGCAACUUCUUGGUUGGUUGGUUUUCAAUGAAUCA